AUGGAAUAUCUUCAAUGCUCGUACAGUCCGAAGCUGAUGGCAGAAGUUAGGGAAAUGGCCAGUGAUCUGACAGAGGAACGCUUUUUCCGUCGAAAGGCGAUAGUCGACAAGUUGUUUCCGAAAAAGGGAGACGCCGCCGUGAAUGAAACUUCACCGAUAAGUGUGGUUAAAAAGUCGAAAUAUUCGGAUAGUGUAGCGGUGGACGCUGAAGUUGUCAAGAAACAACGCGUGUUCGAACUUCUAAAGGCCGAACUGACCAUUACACCUGGAGGCAUGUCUCCGAUGGAUACGUUCAAUCACGCAUGCAACAGAACGAAAUAUACGUGGAACAUGGAGUGGAACGGCUCUUACUGUAAAUUGUUGGUAAGUUGCUAUGACAUCUUGUAA